GCUAUGACUUGCUGAAGAAAAUCCGAGAACUCACGCGAUCAAUUAUUGAAGACGUAUGUAACGAUCGAUUGCCAGCCUUGUACAUUGAUCAAUUUAGUUCCUAUUGUACCGGUGAUUCUGGAAACUGUUUUUGGAUUUCGCUCAUUGUGGUAGAACAUUGAGAAGUACUGGAUUUGUUAUGAUUUCGCUUCAAAUACGAUGAGUAAGGAACUUGAGAUUGUAGACUGGUGUGCGAUUUUCCUUUGGGUGUGUUUAUGCAGCUGUUGCAGCUAUGAUUUGCCAAAAGGAAAGGAAAUUCUCAUGCUGCGGAAAGAAAGUCAAGCACGUAGGUGGGAUGUGUUGCUAAGAGUAUUGUUAAUUGUUCAGCAACUCCUCCAAGAAAACAAACAUGGUUCCAAAAGGGAUAUUUAUUACAUGCACCCUUCAGUUUUUAAAGAACAAUGUGUCGUUGAUCGAGCAAUAAAUGACAUUUGCAUCCUUCUGCAGUGCAGUCGCCACAACUUGAAUGUGGUAUCUGUUGGAAAUGGAUUGGUAAUGGGCUGGCUGAGAUUUGAAGAAGCUGGGAGGAAAUUUGAUUGCAUCAACUGUCCUAACACGGCACACCAUAUCCCUAUCCAUGUAGAAGAUGUGGAAGAUGUAAUCAGUGUGGCUGAGUACAUUUUAGUUGUGGAAAAAGAAUCAGUCUUUCAGCGGCUGUCAAACGAUCAGUUCUGUAGGCAAAACCGCUGCAUCAUUGUCACUGGAAAAGGAUACCCGGACGUUCCCACAAGACGAUUUUUGCGCCUCCUUAUUGAGACGUUGCGUUUGCCUGUCUAUUGCUUGGUAGAUUGUGAUCCAUAUGGUAUAGAUAUCUUGACAACAUAUCGCUUUGGUUCUAUGCAAAUUGCUUAUGAUUCCAAAUCUCUUCGCAUCCCUGAGAUUCGUUGGCUUGGAGCAUUUUUAUCUGACUAUGAGAAGUAUCAGUUCCCACAACAGUGCCUCCUACCUUUGACAGCUGAAGAUAAGCAGAAAGCCGGAGGCUUAUUAAAUAGGUGUUACAUGGAACGAGAAGUCCCGUAUUGGAGGUCCGAACUUCAGUUGAUGCUGGACAGAGGAAUCAAAUUCGAGAUUGAAGCAUUAUCAGCACACUCACUCACAUUCUUGUCAGAGAAUUAUCUGCCAUCCAAGAUCCAGGAGGGAGCAUACAUUUAAUACCGACUCUUUUUCCUAAUACACAUUAUGUAUGUAAAGUCUCAAGUUAAAUCUAAUCUUUUAGUAGUACUUAUCAAUUUAAAAAAAAAAGAAAGGCUAUCAGUGAUAUGAAUGAUCAACAUAGAAAAGAACUCAGAAGAUUAAGAACUUGUCUCACAGAAUUUUGAUACUGGCAGUAGAGAUAGGUGCCUUAGGCCUUUAUAAUUGUAGUUAGAAUUACGAUUAAAGAAGUUAAGCUCAAACUGUUGAAGAAUCAAUAUGCUGCUCAGUAUGUGGAAACUCUUCAAGUACCCAUCACUAAGAGAAACAUACUUCAGCAUACUAAGUAGGUUACACUUCAUUUUUCAAGUAAUAUAUGUAUUAUGUUGACAUAAAUGCUGAAGAAGUUAUGAUAGCAAUGAUAACUAUGGUUCAUAGGAUUAUAGAUACAGGCACAAUCCCAACCAAGACCCAUAUCUACCUAAAGGGCUUUGCCAGAACAUUCCAGCUGGUAUGAUGGGCACCUGAAGCACAACUUUCUCUGGUCUGCUUCCCAAGUUCCUAUUAUCAUGGGUUGGCCGUGACAUGCAGAAGGUAUGUGCCAUCUCACAUGAUCCAUAUGCUGAUGAAUCUGUACUAAGUUUUUGCUGCAUAAUCUGAUUUCUUAUUGGAUUACUGCUUGCUCCAUUUUAGCUGGUUGAAGGUUAAAGUCUUAAAGAUAUUACGUUUGGAGUUGAAGUUUCUCGUUUGGGUAAAAGAGAUGCAAAAACAAAAGAAACAUCAGUAAUUGCAAUAUGCUAGAGAAAGAUUCAAAUAUUUUAAUUAAUAAUAGAACAACUACAAUCAACCGCACACAAUAUAUGAACUGAUGCAUUUGCAUGAGUCAGUUUAUCAUAGCACCCCACAUGCAAUUAUAAGUCAGAAGUUAGUUAAGGAACAGAAGAAUGUGACGCUGAUAAAGAUUUGUGUGGCCUUAUUGAUAACCUGUCUCCCGGGGAAUGCUCUAAUUAAUGUCGAUUUUCCAGAAACUAAUGGUGAAAAUCAUGAUUCAGCAUUCUUUAUCCUAACGCGUUAUAAUUAUUUAUAUUAGUUCACACAAAACUAAACUUAAAAGAUAUUUUUUUCAAUUUUGCCAUUUUUGAAUGGUUAUACCCCCAAUAAGAAUAAACUAUUGGUUUUAUUGCGUGCUUUCUACAGCCAUUUUCGUUGUUUUCUUUACUCAUAGAACCGAAUGAAAAGAUGUUAGUCUUUCAUGCUUUUCUGUAUCAAAAAGUCAUAAAUCCUUAUGCAGUUAUGCUGCAACAUAUUUUACUUUACUUUGGCUCCUCCCUCUUCCUUUAAGAGCUUUUACACACUCUUUAACUUUAUUUGACCAAUAGAUCUUUAGUUCUGUUGCUAAAACAUGGGAGUUAAGACUUCAGAAAGCAUAAGAUUGUAUAGGAAGGGCCGGGGUAGGCCAGUAUAAUUCGUAAACAAGCUUUUAAAAAAAUGUGAUUUAACAUGUUAGCAUCAUGCUAAGUCAUAAAAACAUUAAAUUAAGACUACCUACAUCUUUUUGUAAAAGAUUUAUUAACCAACAUGAGUUAUCAGUAUGACAAUAAUUGACCUAUGUCCUACCCCGGAAUACGUGGAUAUUUUUUUCUUGUUUGAAAUUCCUGGUGUCAGAUUUUGCAGGAAAGGUCCAUCUCAAUCUAGUCUUCAUUUUCUCAUUAAUGUACCAAUUUGGUGAGGAUAUUCUAGACCCUGAUUUACGUGGUCUUAACAUUUGGUCUUAUUUUUGUUAACAAUUAUUACGAGAUUGACUUAAACUUGGAAUGUGAGGACCAUCUGAUAUAUACCUCUUGCACGAUAAAAAUCCACACAGGAUGUUGAAAAUGAAAGGCGGGGAAUUUUGGCCACAUUCCUAAAGAUUUUGA